AACGACGGCUGCUGCGGGGGGGGGGCACCCACUCCGAAACAUCACGGCUCGGGGACUACAGCCGCUGGCUCGGCAGGGCGGGGCGGGGCGCGGUCUCCCGGGUGACCGGCGCGGCGCGGAGGAGGGGCUGGGCCGGUUCCGCUGCCUGGCUCCCCGGCCAUGGCCCGGAGCGGCCCCCGAGCGUCUGCCGGAAGCCGGGCGGAAGAGAGGGCGCUGGAGGCCGUCGGCGCUGACCUGAGCCUCAGCGGGGGAGCACGGAGCGCUCGAGCGGAGCCCCGGGACUCCCCGUCGCUGUGGGAGACGGUGGAGGAGCAAGUUCCGCCCCCAGAGCGGCCUGAAGUGAAGAGGAUUCUGGGGGAGGCAGCGGUGGACCUGAGCCUGGAGCUGCGGGCGGAGGUGGGGAAUGGGGAGCCCGGGCCGGCCCCGAGACUCCCGGGAUUCCCCAGGUCCCUGGCCCUGCUGCGUGACUCUCGGGAACUUGGGUCUCACUGUCUUCGUGCCCUCUCCUGUUUGGUUCCGUCCUGUCCCAUCACUCCGUCCUCUCCCUGCUCAGGCGCAAGGUGCUCCAGCUCUGCCUUGCAGGUGGCGAUGCUACGGGCCCUGCUUGGAGAGGCCCGGUCCGCCCGAGCCCGCAGCUCCCACUCCUCCUCUGAUCCUUCCUCCCUUCUGGCACCACCGCCCCACCUGAGGGACCUUAUGCGCCAGGAACUCCGGCAGCUGCUCCAAGGUCUCCGCCAAAAGGCCAUCCGCGAGGGAAGGGACCAGGCCCAGGCAUGGGCCUGUUGUAGCCCCAGGGUCCUUCACUUUGCCUUGGAGGAGUCCAGGCGGAACUUGCCAGAGCAGAUGUUCCAGAGGAGAGCUGGUGAACCCAGCAGUCACAGGGACCUCAGUGUCAUCAAGGACCAACUGCGUGUGUCCCACAUUGACCAAGUUGCGGGACACCUGAGGGGCCUCCUGGAAGAGGAAUGUCACACCUUGGAGAGGGAGAUCUCCACCCUGCAACGCUGCCUGGAAGUGGAGCACACUCAGGCUCGUCAGUCUUCCAAGGCAGCCCUCGAGCCCACCAUGGCAGAGCUAAAGGAACAGAAGAAGGCCAUGGAACAGGAGCUACAGGCCCCUCUGGGACCUUCCUGUGUCUCCAGCAAACAGAGGCAACAGCCCAUGGGCUCUUCCAUUCAGGGCCUUAGACCCUUUCACUGCCUCCGGGCUGCUGGAACUUGGGCCAGGCCUCCCCAAGGAUACCUGCCUACGCCUCCUUUGGAGAAGUGCCCCCAGCCUAGAGGCCGGGCCACCACCCACUGCUGGGGACGGCAGCUUCGGUGCAGCCCCACAGAAGGGCCAGCUCCCACAGCAGCGUCCAGUGCUGCGCGCCAGGCCUCAACCUGAAGUAGGCUUCUGCUGGAAGGCGCCUUAUCUGCUGCUGCCACCUCUCAGCUGCCAUGGCCCUGCCAACUUCAGGUCUAGUCUUGUGUGAGCUCUCACCAGAACCUGAAGGCUGUUUGGAUGCCUGGCCCUUGCCCCACCCCCUUGCCAAUCCUGGUAUCUAGGGCUGAGUGGCCAGAUAUCUGUCAAAGCCUUCAGCUUUUCUCCUCCCAGGCCACUACAAAGGCUUGGCCGACAGAGGUCCCAUCCCAGCUCUGACUUUUGUCCCCCAGGGGACCCAGACAAAGCACAGCAGCAGCUCAGACAGGAAUAGAAAUUUCAUUAAAAUCUAUGGACUUUAAAA